GAUUUGCGGAUUUUAUAAUCCUCUUUCAGGGAUUUCAUAUCCUCUACAGAACCUUACAACUGAACUUUUCCUUCUUUUCAUAAGAAUAUAAAGCAUCGUCCUUCAUUCAGUAUAUUUGUAAAAAAUAUUUUCAGUUUCUUUCAAGAUUGGUUUUCACACGAGAAAAUGUCAGAAAUGAAAGACUCCAAGGAUGAGAGUGGAAAUACAGAAACAUCUCCUGCUCUCAUUAUUGGAUUAGUUUUUGGAUUGGCUCUCUUUGCGUUUCUUGGAAUUUUGAACCAUUUUAUUAUUCCUAAAUUCUGCACUAAGAAAAAGAAAACUUCAAAAGUAGAAGAAACUGCAGUGCCGGAUGAAGAAAAAGCAGAAAAGGACGAACCCAUGGAAGGUUUUGAACGGAUAUCUUUAACUUCAGCACUUAAGGAUGAAAGUCUAUUGAAAAUGGGAAAAAUGAGAAAACUGAAAGAAGUUUUUAAGCCGAAGAGGAAGAAAAAAAGUUCUUCAAGUGAAGAAAUACAGACUGAAGGUGGGAUUGACGAGCUAGAAAAAGGCCUAAAUAUAGACCUCGAUGAUAAUGAUGAUGAAUUAUCUCUGAGUUCUGCUUCCUCAGUUGAGAACUCUCGUCCGAAGUCUUCAUUUCCAAACCGUAUUCUCGAUAUUAUAGGUUUGUAAUCUAAUUAUUAAAACUACACUCAAAAGUAACUUUUCCCCUCCCCCCCAUUUAUAGAGUAGACAUUUAGUUCUAGACAACUAUGAAAGGUUGCAUAG